UCCUGGUUCGGUUCCCCAAUCUAUUCUAAACAGAAAAUGGCCGUCGGUGUUGGUGCGGGUGUCUCCUUGUUUAGACUGAAUUCUAGUGAAAAUAAGAAUCCAAAAGAAAUAAUGCCUAGUGCCUCCUUUUCCUCUUCGCGUUCUUACGUCCGUAGAUCGCGAAGAAAAGGUGGUCAUCGGAUACCAUUGCCUUCCAGGACACAAUCGAGUGAGCCAUGUGAAUCAGUGCCGUGUCCGAAUAACGUGACGGGGAGCGCUAUGGCAGCUACAGCAUGUGCAGGUCCGAGUGGCAGUGGUGGGGGUGGAUCCCCGCCGGUCCCCGCGGCCGCAGCCGCCACCACAGCUGGUCAUCACAGCCCAUAUGACUUGCGUAGGAAGUCACCACCGGCUUACCAUGAACCGGGGCCAUCGGGUACCUGCUCUCUUCCAGCAAGGAAAAGGCCCAGGACGUCGCUGUCCCAGGGUGUGGAUGUGUGUAACGUGUCCCAGUACCUUCAGUACGAGCUGCCUGAUGAGGUGUUGCUCUGCAUCCUCUCACACCUGACAGAGAGGGACCUGUGCCGCGUCGCUCAGGUCUGCAAGCGGUUCAACACCAUCGCCAAUGAUACAGAGCUGUGGAAGAGUUUAUAUCAGUCGGUGUUUGAGUACGACACUCCUCUGAUGCACCCCGCUCCGUGCCAGUUCGAGUUCGUGGCCGCGGACGACUGUGAGGCCGACAACCCCUGGAAGGAGAGCUUCAGGCAGCUCUACUACGGGAUACACGUGAGACCCAACUACCGCCCCAAGAAGGACUCUCGGAUCAAACACUUCAACACUAUCAGGGCGGCCCUAGAGUACGUGGAGGAGCGCGGCGGGUCUCCGGCGUCCGGCGCUUGUUCGUGCUCGUGCGGCGCGUCCGCGUGCUCGUGCCGGCGCACGCCCUCCGCCCCGGCCGCCGCAGCCCCCGCGCCCGCCCUGCUGUUCGUGCACGCCGGCCUCUACCAGGAGGAGUGCCUAGCGAUUGACACGGACGUGCAGCUCAUUGGUUGUGCCCCCGGUAAUGUAGCCGAGUCUGUGGUGUUGGAACGCGAGGCGGAGUCUACGCUGACGUUCGCUGAGGGCGCUAACAGGUCAUAUGCUGGUCACAUGACGCUCAAGUUCUCACCGGACGCCACGAGUACCAUGCAGCAUCACAAGCAUUACUGUCUGGAGGUGUCCGAUAACUGUUCGCCGACAGUCGACCAUUGUAUCAUACGGAGCGCUAGUGUCGUGGGUGCGGCCGUGUGCGUGAGUGGAGCUGGGGCUAAUCCGGUCAUAAAGCACUGCGACAUCAGCGACUGCGAGAACGUAGGGCUGUACGUAACGGACUACGCACAGGGAGCGUACCAAGACAAUGAGAUAUCGAGGAACGCCCUCGCCGGUAUAUGGGUGAAGAACUUCGCCAACCCUAUCAUGCGUCGCAACCACAUACACCACGGCCGGGACGUCGGUAUAUUCACCUUUGAAAAUGGAUUGGGAUACUUCGAAGCCAACGACAUCCACAACAACAGAAUCGCCGGUUUCGAAGUGAAGGCCGGCGCCAAUCCUACGGUAGUGCACUGCGAGAUACAUCACGGUCAAACGGGCGGCAUCUACGUGCACGAGUCGGGACUAGGGCAGUUCAUAGAUAAUAAGAUACACUCCAACAACUUCGCCGGCGUCUGGAUAACCUCCAACAGCAACCCCACCAUCCGGCGCAACGAGAUAUACAACGGCCACCAGGGCGGGGUUUAUAUAUUCGGGGAGGGGCGCGGACUUAUUGAACACAAUAAUAUAUAUGGGAACGCGUUGGCCGGAAUACAGAUUCGCACAAACAGUGAUCCUAUAGUGAGGCACAAUAAGAUCCACCACGGCCAGCACGGCGGUAUAUACGUACAUGAGAAGGGUCAGGGGUUGAUCGAGGAGAACGAAGUGUACGCCAACACCCUGGCCGGGGUCUGGAUCACGACCGGCUCCACUCCCGUGCUGCGGCGUAACCGCAUACACUCGGGGAAACAGGUCGGCGUAUAUUUCUAUGACAACGGCCACGGAAAGUUGGAAGACAAUGAUAUAUUCAACCACCUGUACUCCGGAGUGCAGAUCAGGACCGGCAGCAACCCCGUGAUCCGAGGCAACAAAAUCUGGGGCGGCCAGAACGGGGGCGUGCUGGUGUACAACGGCGGCCUCGGCCUGCUCGAACAGAACGAAAUAUUCGAUAACGCCAUGGCCGGGGUGUGGAUAAAGACUGACUCAAACCCAACAUUAAAAAGGAAUAAGAUCUUUGAUGGCAGAGAUGGUGGCAUCUGCAUUUUUAACGGAGGAAAGGGUGUGUUAGAAGAGAACGACAUUUUUCGGAACGCUCAGGCCGGCGUGUUAAUUUCCACCCAGAGUCACCCUGUACUCCGUAGGAAUAGAAUCUUCGACGGCCUGGCCGCUGGUGUCGAGAUCACAAACAAUGCCACGGCGACUCUCGAACACAAUCAGAUAUUUAAUAAUCGGUUUGGAGGAUUGUGUUUAGCGUCGGGCGUGUCGCCGCUGGUGCGAGGCAACAAGAUCUUCAGCAACCAAGACGCUGUGGAGAAGGCUGUUGGCGGCGGACAGUGCUUGUACAAGAUAUCCUCGUACACCUCCUUCCCGAUGCAUGAUUUCUAUAGAUGCCAGACAUGUAACACGACUGAUCGUAAUGCCAUAUGUGUCAAUUGCAUCAAGACAUGCCAUUCUGGACAUGACGUGGAAUUUAUACGCCAUGACAGAUUCUUCUGCGACUGCGGUGCUGGGACUCUGUCCAACCAGUGCCAGUUGCAGGGCGAGCCUACCCAGGACACGGACACGCUGUACGACUCAGCCGCGCCGAUGGAGUCGCACACGCUCAUGGUCAACUGAACCGAACUACCAUCCCCACCGCCCCACGAAACACCCACACACAACUAUUUUUAUUACCUAAUCCGCCACCUAUGAAUCGCUGCCGUGAGGUCGUUAUUUUAAUCGUCACGUGUAGACGACACUUUAUAUGUAACGUAGUGACGUUUUAUCAUCCGUACUUAAUGUAUAUGUCGUGUAGUAUCAUGCAUUCCCGAAAUUGUAAUCGUCGAGUUCUCGAUUCACGUUGUUGAUAUUUAGAGUAAUCAUUUGUGUCAUAAGAUAUUCUGAUAGCGGCCCUUAUUGAUAAUGUCUCAUGUUAUAGAUGUGUAAUCGACUGACGGCAAACAUUUUAUUUUCGAUCGGAACGGAGUCGGGUCUAUGUCGUUUGUAUGUAACUAUAUGUAACCAGCGACUGUGACAUCGGGUUAGCUCUUGUAAUAUAAAUAACUAAGUAUUUUUAACUAUUGACGGUACGUUUAAUUUUAUAUAUAUAUGUUUUUAAUGGAGCAACUUAUUCUUUAGCUUACCUGGUCGAUUUCUCGCGUUUUAGUUAAUAAAGAUAAUUGUACCAGUUUAGAUUUAGUAAGUGGGGGGAGGGUAGCCGGCCGGUCGCGCAACAAUCUCUUAUCUAGUUAUAGAGUCGGCAUCGCCUAACUCUUUUUGGCGCUCCUAAUGAAUGCGCUUUGUAAAUAUUUAUGUCUCACAAUAAUCGAAAAGUAGUAAUUAAUGUAUUUGUAUCAUUAUAUUUUUAUUAUUGAUCACAACCAUGUAUGUUUAAUUAUAUUAUAAAUAAUGUACGUGAAGCUCAGGAUGGAGUCGCGCCGCCGCUUGUAGCCGUCGCCUAUGAGCCAUACUCCUGAUACGUGAAGUAGCGAGCGGCCCCCGUUAGUGUAUAAUAAAAUGCAAAUUAAGAGCGGAUGUGAGUAUUUAAUUGGAAAAGAUCUUAGGUACAAUUGAUAUUUUAUUAUAUUGUUAAUUUAAAUGUGGUAUUGAUAACGAUCGACAAGCAAUGUUUAGGAAACGGAAGGGCGGAGUGCUGAUAGUGAUAAGUUAGCCGUUAAGCUAUAAUGAAAAAUCUAAAAUUACUCAGUAAUCACUGCAAGUUUCCAGUUAAUUGUUAAAUCGUCUCCAUAGCACGGUAUGUUCUGAAUCUGCUUUUUUAUAAUCCUCAAUCUGUGAUCAUCGCUAAAUGUGUAAGGGAAAAUAAUUUAGUUGACCGCGUACAGAAAUAAUAAGACUUAUUAUUGUAACACUUUAACAAAAUUAUCGUGGCUCCGAUGCUUUAUAUAAUUGAAUUGAAUGUGAAAUUGUUAUUUAUUGAAUUGUCAGUAUGUUUCUUAUUUAUUAAAUUAAAAUCUGGAUAAUAUUUUGUUUAUACCUGAAGAUACCACUGUAAAAGCCGUGAUAUACAUCAUAUAAUAUUAUAA